AUGGGGAAGUCGGUGUCGGUGAAGGAGAAGACGUCGGCGAAGGAGACGACCGUGACUCAAGAAGACGAUCACGUCGUUCGUGAAGGCGAUCCCUAUCCGUUCGGUCAGGAUGUGUUGAAGAAUCCAGAAUACUUCGACUACGAUACGGACCCAGCGCCGAAGCGUGUUGACGAUGGAAGCCUGACCGACAGUAGCAUGAGUGAUGUAGGUUUGGAAUGA